AAAGAAAGAAAGAAAGAAAGAAAGAAAGAAAGAAAGAAAGAAAGAAAGAAAGUAAGUUACGUUGUCUUCCAGAAGCAGAUUCCUUAUACAGGUUCCACUGUAAAAGUCUAUAUCCCUAGUACUAUCUCUGUACCCCAACUAAGCUGUAGACCUAAUCUAUACAAAGCUGCUGCUUAUAAAUCCACUUUUCAUUAUUUUAGGGUUGGGGGUUCCAAAAUUUUUGUGUGAGAUGUUACUUUUCAUCUUUCUUUUAAAUUAUUGGGUAGGAGACUUUUGGGCCAAUUUCAUCAUUAUAUAAUGGGGAUAUUGAGAGAAGCCUCCCUGAUCUGUGGGACUAAUGUCUUCAGCAGUCAUCCCAUGGAGCAUAUGUAGAGAUGGAGCUGUGAACUGGGUCACUUCUAGGGAAACACUUGCUUUGGUUCAGUACUGAAAGAUUUUCUCUUUGGGAUGAUACAACUUUCCUUAUUGGUCUCUAUGGAGUUGUACUUUGGGAUGACACCACAAUCCCUUAUUUACAUCAAUCUCAUGGGGGACUUAUAAGGGACAGAUGUGUCAACAGCAAGCAUAAGUCCAGGGGAGGCAAUAAGAGAUUUCUGAGUCAUCCCAAAGCACACGUCCUACUGCAAUAAUCCAGAGCACAUGUCUUUCCAGAAAUGGCAUGGGACCCAGGUCCAUCACUAUGCAUGUUUCUUGGGAUGGCUCCCACAGGUCCCAAUCCAGCAGAUGGAGGGAUUCCCCUGAUUACUCCCAAUAUACUAUAAAGAUCUGGCAUGAAUUUUAGCUUGAAGCAUAAGCUGUCUCUCCAUGAACUCUGGGUGAUGUCCUAUGAAAACAAGGAAAAAGAGGAAAGGCAAAAAGAAGGGGAUGGCUAUUAUGAGCUCAAAUCCAAAUCAGAAAAUUCUCUCAUCUUCAUCUGGCCUACUGGCAACUGGAUUGCUGGGUUUCGUUCAUCAGAGGUGAAAGAACUCUGGCUGAAGACCCUCCGAGGGCAGAAUCAAGAGAAGAGAGGAAUAAAGUUCAUCACCAUUCAAUCAGUCCAAGCUCUGAUGAAGGUGUUAAGUGGCUGCAAUGCUUCCAAAACACUAAAUGCCAAUGACAUGGAAACUUUAAUUGAGUGUCAGUCAGAGGGUGAUGUCAAAGAACACCACUUGCUGCCACAAUGUGAUAGUGAAGAUGGGAUUUGCCACCUGAUUGAAAAUAAGAAGAGAAAGGUGAUACCGUGGCCUUUCCCCAUGAGAAGGACAGCUUCUUCAUCAGAUUCUUCUGGACCUUUAGCACCAGAAUGGAAACCUUCCCUAUUUGACCAGCCCUUGUCAAUAAUCUGCAAUGACAAUGACGUCCUUCCCCAGCCCAUUCAGGAAAUUCUUAAUAUUCUUCGGAACAAAGGCCCCUCAACAGAAGGAAUAUUCAGAAAGGCUGCCAAUGAGAAGGCCCGAAAAGAGCUUAAAGAAGAACUCAACUCUGGAGGAAUGGUCAAUUUGGAGACCAGACCUGUGCACCUAUUGGCUGCAGUUUUUAAGGAUUUCCUCAGGAGUAUCCCACUGAAACUUCUUUCAUCAGAUCUAUUUGAAGAAUGGAUGACAGCCCUAGAGAAGCCAAAUGAGGAGGACAAAAUUGAGAGCCUGAAACAGGUUGCAAAGAAAUUACCAAGAGCAAAUCUCCUGCUGCUAAAGCAUUUGAUAUGUGUGCUUUACUACAUCAGCAAGAAUUCAGAUGUCAGCAAGAUGGACUCAAGCAAUCUUGCCAUUUGUAUCGGACCCAACAUGUUGACCCUCAACAGUGACCAAAAUCUGUCUUUUGAUGCUCAGAAAGAGUUAAACAACAAGGUUAAGACAUUGGUGGAAUUCCUCAUUGAUAACUGCUCUGAAAUAUUUGGAGAGGACAUCCCAGGGCAUUCCCCUAGCAUCACUUCUGAGGACUCUUUGGAGCACACUGACUGUUCAGAUAUAUCAACUUUGCAAAAUGACUCAGCUUAUGAGAGUACAGAUGCUGAUACAGAAGGCAGCAGCAGCAUUGGCUGUCAAAACAAGAAGUUCCCAAGCACCAAAGGACCAGUCAGUGACUUGGAGGAUGGAAAAUCUCUUCAUGGGUCAAGGCCAGGGUCUGUUGUCUCUUAUGCCAAUUUACUAAAAUGCUCACUCAGCACUCAAGAAAGGAGGUAUUCAGAGCCCAGCAAGCCAUCCUCUAAAGACUGUCUUGAAAGCAGGAUCACAAGCCAGAAACUGACUAAGAGUGAGGAUAAUUUCAGCAUCCCUAAGGCAAGCUCCUGCUUUGGGAAUCAAGAAGCUAAAGACUCAUUUCCAGAAGAGUGUUUCCCUACUCCACAGCGCAGGAAACAAAAAUCAUUGGGUCUUCAAAUAAAGGAAGGAACUUUAUGUUCAGAAUCAUCCAUUGAACCUUUCCCCCAAGCCUCCUCCUGUGGUUCCCUGGAUAGUUCCUCCGAUAGCUCCAUCUUUGCCAACUCACCGGUGGUUUCUCCGUCCAGUCCAAAAAGGAACUUUUUCACUAGACAUCAGUCCUUUACAACAAAAGCUGCUGAAGCAAACAGUAAGCCUACCAGGGAGAGAAAAAAGCACUCAAUGUCAUUCUCUUUUGCUACUUCCAAGAAGGUGCCAAACAAAACUCCAACUUGGAGCUCUGUCAGAGACCAGGGGAAAAAGGACCUCAAAAAAGAGAGCCAACUUAUUGGCAGAAUUGUCCAGAAAAACUGUGCCAAAGCUAUGGUUGACUACCAGCCGGCUCCAGAAUGUGGGGGUUCAAGGUCACAUCUUCUUUCAUUUAAAGAAGUGGGUCAGAACAUCCCUGGAAGCCCCCCCUCUUAUGAGGAGGCAGUCCAAUACUGUCGCAUUUCCAAAAUUCCUCCCUAUGGGAGCUGGACAAUCCAAAGUAUGAAAGACCAUGAUGGGCACACCAAAAAUACACACGACAGAGAAAUGCUCAACAGAGACAAUAUAUCAUCUGUGGGUGAAACUUGUGCAGUGAGUGGGGAUUACAGUGAAUCUGGGGAAAGGAAAGGACAAAUGCCACGGUCUGAAUUUCACCGAUUAAGAGUCUUGUCCCAAUCUAUGCUAAAGAACAAACAGGAUUAUCUCCUUGGAAGGUGUAGUCAGCCAGUCUUUGAGGCUGACCAAGUUCAAUAUGUCAAGGAAUCCUAUGUUUAGGGAGCCAGGUUAUAUACCACAAAAAGCCCUCAGUGACUUCUGUAAAUAAAUGGGCUCCCUCAAAAGAACUGCUUCCAAAAACCUUCUUUCCUGAAGGUAAAGAAUAAGCUCCUUUUGGAAGUCCAUAUAUGGUCCUUCUCAAAGAGAAUGUUUACCCCCCAAAAUUGUUAUUCAUAUCUGUAUAAAUCUGAGUAUGUGCAAUAUGUAAUAAAUGUAUAAACAGACUGUCCAUAAAGUAAAUACACUGAAGGAAUAGUUAUAUAUUGAGUGUUUGUGUUGUGUGUACAAAUAUUAUGCCCAAGAUGGCACUAAACUCUCCUUUUGGUUAGGAAGUUUGAAAAAAAAAGAAUCCUGCCUUUUCUUUAUGCAUGCCUUGGAGGAAAUGCAAAUUUUCUUAUUUUCCUAACUAUUUCAUCUGGAGAAAAAAAUCCAUUCCCCUGUUGGAAGUUCAACCCAAAUAAGAAAUUUUACAAUAAUUAAUCACUUGGAAAGAUGAAGAAGACAGCUGAUAAAUAAAAGGAAUUCAAUUUCUGAAUUUUCAGUGGGCCAUUAAAAUUGGAAAAAAAAAUUUAAUCUAUGGAAAAUAGUUAAAUGUUAUCUUUUUGACUAUCUCAUUAAUCUUGGGGAAAUGGAUGGAAGUGUGUUAAUGUUGCCACUGGCUCCCUGGUAGCACUUUUGAGUUUUUUUUAAUUACCAUGUUGUUUCUUACUGUUGGAUGUCAAUAUUUUGAAAUUUUAAAAUACUUGUUGAGGAUUGUUUGAAUUGUCAAUGAAAUGACACUACAAUAAAUCACUUUUUUCCUUUGAAAGCA